UCCAGAUGCUGUCCACAGCCUUUUUUCAUCAUCAGAAAUACAUGCAAAGUGUUUUCCAUGUAUUCAAAUGGACCCGGUACACCAGUGCAGUCAGUUCCAGGUUUCGUGUGAAGGAAAAAACGGUAGAACGUGCCGCAUUAUGCUCAUGAUGGGAUCCAUAGUGAAUACAACCAGAAAAGACAAGUCAUCUCAACACAUACUGCUCUCUCUACUUCUGCUCUCUCUAUUCCUCCCAUAGGAAAUCAUGUUAAAUGGACUGUAGUGAGUUUCUUCAAAACGCUGCAGAAAAUGCUUAGGUGUGAACCUAGGGUACUUAGAAAACGCUUCUAAACGCAAACGCUUAUAAGCGUGGU